AUGACGCGGAAUCUUCCUAAUAUUCUCACGCAUCCCUUCAAGGCGUUUCGCCAGUCGCCCUGGGCAAUUUCGUCCGCCCUUCCAUCCCGAAUUGACCCGUCCUUGCUGAUUGAAGAGGAGAACUCCCCCUACUACGAACCAGCCUAUUUCUAUCCGGCGCGGAUCGGUGAAAUACUUAAUGACCAGUAUCAAAUUGCGACCAAGCUUGGCCACGGAAGCAGAUCAAGUGUGUGGCUUGCAAGGGACCUUCACCAGUGGCGCUGGUCGAACGAGCGAUAUGUGGCUCUUAAAAUCAACUCCAAUAAUUCCCACGCACGGAAAACUGCUGGUGACGUUGAGCUGGAGGUUCUGCGGCAUAUAACGAGAGCCAACCCUCAACAUGAGGGUUGGUCUUUCGUUCGAAAAUUAGUCGACUCGUUUUCUGUCCAGGGCAUCUCAGGGAAUCAUGUAUGUCUUGUCUUCGAACCUUUACGUGAGUCACUGGGAAAAUAUUGCCAAAGAUUCCAAGGUCGCGUGAUGCCACCGGAGAUUUUCAAAAUAAUCCUCCAAGAAAUACUCCAAGCGCUUGAUUAUCUUCACACUGAAUGUCAUAUCAUUCAUACCGACUUAAAGCCGGAUAACAUCAUGGUACGACUGGAAGAUCAUGAGCUCUUACCGCAGAAUUCUCGAGAUGAGUCUGAAAACCCACUACCUCAGAAGCAUUGCAACGAUGGACGCAUCAUCUAUCUAUCCCGUAAGGAAUAUGGACCGCUGAAGGAUAUCAUCGGACUGAUUGAAGUCGUCGACUUUGACCUAGCAGUCCAAGGUGAUAUUCUUCAGGAUGGCUGUAUCCAGGCAGAGGUAUAUCGUGCGCCAGAGGUCAUCCUUGACAGAGGUUACACGUAUAGUGCUGAUAUAUGGAGUCUGGGAGUUAUGCUAUGGGAUUUUCUAGAAGGACGAACACUGUUUGAAUCAGUCGAUCCACGCAUCGUUGAAGUCUAUGAUGAUGAAACACAUAUCUCGCAUAUAACGUCGCUUUUGGGUCCUGCCCCUAAAGACUUUGUUCGCCACGGCAAGAGGACAUCGAUGUUCUAUACUGCUGCUGGAACACUCAAAAGGGAAGACCUUGUCCCUAGUAACUUCAGCUUUGAAAGCACUAUCUCCAAGUUUGAUGGGGAAGAAAAGAGUAUGUUUAUUAGCUUCGUCAAGCGGAUGAUCAAAUGGAAACCCGAAGAGCGAAGUACGGCGGCGGAGCUACUACAAGAUCCAUGGCUUCAUAACGAUUAUCCGCAAAUAUGA